UAUGCUUUUAUAAGCAUAUAUUUGAAUCAGGUAUUGAAAUAAUUAAAAUACAUUAACCCGAGUUCCAAAUCAUGCUGAAACAAUUCUUACUAAUUACAUAUGUUCACUUUAAUUUCGGGAUGUUUUCGAGUUUGCACGUUUUUACUAAUCGAAUUCAUGCCUAUGGAAAUGCCCGAGUAAUUGUUACUAUGCGGUCCUUAGAUCAUGUUUGGUUUACAACAAAAGUAACUUUAAAUGAAAAGAUUUUGGUGGACUAUUUCCAAACAAAUACAAGUGAACGCCAGGAGGCUUUACUUUGGUAUCGAACAAAUGACUUAAAAAAAACAUUGUUUUUUUAUGGUGUCAGCACUGAUGGAGAAUUACCGUAUGAUAAAUGUUUUUUUCAUUCGUCGAAAGUUCAUUUUUUUUCUCAUGGAUUUUUCAAAAUAAAUGUCAUAAUUACAACCGAUGGCAUAUAUGGAAAUGAAAUAAAAGCAAGUAGUUACACUUUCAUAAAAACUAAUUUUUCUAUUUCUUGUGAACCUAAAUUUGACAUAUCCCGGUGCCAUGAUUCAAACAGGCCACUUCACUAUGAAACAUCGAAAGUGGUUGUUCUUAGAGCUGUAUUUUUUCAGCAUUGCCCAAUGGACAGUUUUAUACAAUACUACUGGACCCUACACGAUAGUACGGAGUCGGAACUAUUGGAUUUUUUGGGAGCUACUUUAAAACCAGAACUUAAGAUACCAAGGUAUCGUAUUAAUUUGCGGCAGCAAUCCCCUUUGAAUCGUAUGGUGUUAGUGCGAAUUAAUGCCAGAAUUGUUGGUCGACGUGCUCCUUUAGUUGCUCGCCUUUGGCCUCUCAACGCUUAUUUGCUUCUAUUCGAGGUGGAAAUUAUAGAGAAGUUUUUCGCGGUAAGACUAUAUCUGUAAAUGCGAGUCCUAGUCGGGAUUUAUCAUUGACUCAUACUGGAAUGCAGUUCUUGGGGUAUAAAUGGUCUUGCACUUCAACAAAAAAGCAAAACAAAAAAAUAUGUCAUCAGAAUAUGGGAUCAUGCAAUCGUAUCAUUAUUCCAGCCUAUAGCCAACCCCAUAACCAGACGUUGCGUGUUAUUUUACUAAUAAGGUCUGAGUUUGAUCCGCUUCGUACGGCGACAACGAAGCAAACUAUUUUUUUUUCUUCUUCUCGACACUUAAUAAAUGUCAACAUUGCUUGUGUUAGUAACUGCAAUGGAAACAAGUA